AUGGCAUCCUCUUCUUCCUCCUCCUUCUAUUCAUCCAACCACCAACGCCUCCUCUCCAUGACAAAACUCAUAACAUCCCACGUAAACCAAUCCCGCCACAAACAAGCUCUAUCAAUCUUCCACCACAUGCACACCACCUUACCCAUCUCCCUCGACCCACACGUCUUCACCCUCGUCCUCAAAUCCUGCACCACCCUCCACCUCCCUCUCCUCGCCACCUCCAUCCACUCUCACCUCAUCAAAACCUCGUUCCUCACCUCCAACCACUUCCUCUCCUCCUCCCUCAUCAACUUCUACGGCCACUGUCUCUCCCUCAACUCCGCACGUAAACUGUUCGACGAAACUCCUCAACCAAAUGUCAUCGUUUGGAACUCCAUUAUCGCACUAUACUCCCGUUCACAACAUAUUUCAUCUGCUAUUAAACUCUUUAACAUCAUGAAUGUGCCUCCAAAUGAAUCCACUUUCAACCCAAUUAUCGCCGCCUUAUCAUUGUCGAAUCAAAACAAUGCUUCGUUUCAAGCCGUGAAGUUCUACCGAAAGAUGAUUGAGUUGAAACUGAAGCCGAGUUUGAUCACACUUCUCGCUCUUCUUCGCGCGUCUGUUUUGACCGCGGCUUUGAACUUGAUUAAAGAGAUACAUGGUUAUGGGAUAAGGAAUGAUAUUGAUUCGGAUCCUCAAAUGAGUAGUGGGUUGAUUGAAGCUUACGGUAGAUGCGGUUGUUUAAUGAAUUCGCGAUUAGUUUUUUCGGGGAUGAGGGUAUGCGAUAAAGACGUAGUUGUUUGGAGUAGUUUAAUAUCUGCUUGUGCAUUGCAUGGUGAAGCUAGGGAAGCAUUGGAGAUUUUUCGAGAAAUGGAGGUUUCGGGUGUGAAGCCGGAUGGGAUUGCUUUUCUUGGUGUUUUGAAAGCUUGCAGUCAUGCUGGGUUGGAUGAUGAGGCGUUGGGUUGUUUUAUGAGGAUGCAUAGGGAUUAUGGCGUUGAGCCGAAUAGCGAGCAUUAUUCUUGUUUGGUUGAUGUUUUGAGUAGGGCAGGGAGAUUGUAUGAAGCUUAUGAGGUUAUUAAAGGGAUGCCUGUGAAGGUGACUGCUAAGGCAUGGGGUGCUCUACUCGGUGCUUGUAGGAAUUAUGGAGAGUUGGGGUUGGCUGAGAUUGCCGCCAGAGCUUUGGCUGAGAUUGAGCCGGAUAAUGCUGCGAAUUAUGUUCUGUUGGCUAAGAUUUAUGCUAGUGUUGGGAGACAGGAGGAGGCUGAUAGAAUGAUAAGGGAAAUGAAAGAGAAAGGAGUGAAGACUGCGGGUGGUACUAGUUGGGUUGUGUAUUCCGAGUCUUGAGAUUAACUGUGUUUGCCAAACAUGAUUUUAAUUUGCAGUGAUGGCUGAGAUGUGGUUUUUAAAACUGCUGUAAAUCGCAGACACUUGUUGUUUGUGUGCUCGCAAUUGGAGUAUCAAAGAUCUCAAGAAUUGUUGAUGUUUUGGCCACAGGGAUUGAUUUUUU